AGUAGCGUCACCUUUCCCAUCACCCCGUCCACCAUUUUGCAGUCUUUCUGCAAGCUUGCUGCUUCCAUUCGUGGUGCAGCUUUAAUUAAAUACUUUCGUCUAUUCACUGAACGUUUGGAGAUUUGACGAAAAGAUGGCAAACGCAUCAGCAGACGUGGAGCUUCCCGAGGACGCAGAAACCCGCAAGCUGUCGGACCUGAGAGUUAUCGAUCUGAAGGCCGAGUUGAAGAAACGAAAUCUAGACACGACUGGAGUCAAGAGCGUCCUGUCGGAACGUCUAAAAAAGGCAAUUGAAGAAGAGGGUGGGAAUCCAGAUGAGAUCGUUGUCGUUCCAGAAUCGACCCCUAAAAGAGCGACCCUUCCACCCAAACGAGGAGCAUUCAAAGAUUCCAAGCCGGAGAACGAUGAAACAGAAGAUGCUGUCAUGGAGGAUUCCCGUGAUGAACAGGAUGAUCAGGAGAACAUGCAGGACAUGGACAUCCUUGACAUGAACGUUCUGGAUGAGACGGAAAACGACAACGGGAUACCAGCCGACGAUCACUUGGAUGAAGAUAACUUUGACAGAGAUGAUGAAGCCUUGGAACUCAACACCGCAGAUCUGGAGCUGGACCAAUGUGAGACACUCGACGAAGAUGAAGCUCUGCUAGACCCUUCUGCACCUGCGGAUCUGGACGCUGAUGAUGUAAAAGAACAAGCAGAAAAUGACAAAGUAGCCGGGUCUUGUUUAUCUGAGCCGCUUAACGAAGAUCGCCAUGAGACGGGCCCCGAAGAAGAGCAAGCCACCACCACCGGAGAAGAAGACCAUGUGUCCAUCACCGGUGCCAAGUCUGACAACGCAGCGUCCGAAGAUACGGAGCACGACAGGAGCGUUGUGGAGGCCGACACCACCGUGACAGAUGCCGGGGACGGGCGGAGCGCUUCAGAAGAGACAUUAGACUUUGAAAACAAAAACUCGCAGGCUGUUAGUGUAAGCGAACAGGGUGACACGGGUGAAACUGUUGAUUCAGAAAAGGGCUCUAAGAAGGGUGAGGAAGAUGAGAAGACAGAAGAUAACGCUGCUGCGGAUUCAGCCUCUACGCUGAAAGAGUCCUCUACUGUAGAGGGCGAUGAUCAGAAAAAGAGCUCUGAGGAGAAAGACGCCACGAGUGAGUCAAAAGAUGAAAAGGCCGCAGGAAGUGGUGCUGCAGCGGGCAGCAAGAAUCUGUGGGUCAGUGGUCUGUCCACAACCACCAGAGCGACUGAUCUGAAGGCUCUCUUCAGCAAAUAUGGCAGAGUUGUUGGAGCUAAGGUGGUGACCAAUGCCAAGAGUCCUGGAGCUCGCUGCUUUGGCUUGGUCACCAUGUCGACUUCAGAGGAGGCCACCAACUGUAUCAGUCACCUCCACAGGACCGAGCUGCAUGGCAGGAUGAUCUCUGUGGAUCAGGCUAAAAACGAGCCUGCAGGGAAGAAGCCAGCAGACAAGAAGUCUGGGAGCGAGAGGAGACACUCUUCUGACUCAAAGUCUCAGGCAAAAGACAAGACCGAUGGAGAAGGAAAAGAUGAUAAAGAGCAAAAUGAGAGGACUGUAGUUAUGGACAAGUCCAAGGGGGAGCCUGUCAUCAGCGUCAAAACCAAGAGCAAGAGCAGGGACAGGAGCACAAAGAGUCGAGAUCGCACAUCAUCUAGCAAAGAGAGAAAAGGCAUCCUGACGUUUGACCAGAUCAAGGAGCAGAGGGAGAGGGAGAGACAGAGGCAGCGAGAGCGGGAGAUGAGGGAGGUGGAGAGACGCAGAUAUAUGGACCGCCGUCGUGAUCCCCGUUCAGAGCGGGAGAGAAUCCGUCUGUUCCGGGAAAAGGAAGAACAGAAGCAUCUGCUGACUAAAAGACACUGGUUGGAGGUGGAGAAGCAGCGCCUUGAGGCGGACCGCAUGGAGCGCCAGUUCCUGGAGCGUGAGAGGAUGCGUAUCGAGUACGAGAGACGCCGCGAGCAGGAGCGCAUCCUCAGAGAGCGUGAAGAGCUGAGGAGGCAGCAGGAACAGUUGCGCUAUGAUCAGGAUAGACGCGGAGUGAAGAGGCCUUUUGACAUGGAUGGAAGGAAAGAUGAUUGGCCCGAUAAGCGCAUGAGUAUGGAUGACCGCUACGGCCGCUCAGAUUUCAGUCGUCAGGAUCGCUAUCAGGACUUUGAUCACAGAGGUGAUCGGGGUCGUUUUCAGGACGACGGGGGGAUGGACCGGCGAGACAGUGCCCGUGGUAUGGGUGCUGACAGAGAUGGACAGCAUUUCUCAGACAGACACGGCAGAGAUGGAAGAGACUCCUGGGGGGGGGGCUACGAUAAGCGCUUGAAUCCCAGGGAGGGGGGCCGUGACUGGGACUCUGGUCGUAAGGUGGACGGAGACCGGCCGUGGCAAGGUAGAGACGGAGGCGUUUCAAGUCAGAGCCACGUACCCCGCGGAGGAAUGGUCGGCCGUGGAGGCUUUGUGAACACGGGAACAUCUCAGUCUCUCUCUGGAGCUCUGAACAGACAGAACCAGCUGAUGCAGGGCAGCGCGCUGCAGGGGGGGGCUUUCGGCCGGCGCUAUUGAUCUGUGAUGUCAGAACUAUUUCCGCUGGUCAUUUCGUCACUGAUGGGAUAAACUGUUUUUGUAAUUUUUUUUUUAACAAAUUUGUUUUACUGCAGAUCUUAAAUACAUUUGAAGUGCUUUCUUUGUUAGCCUUGUGAUGUAGUGAUCUUCUGUCCUGUACAUUUUUUGUAGAAUAACCAUAUGUAACCCUUUUUUGUGUCCGUUUCGAGCCUUGAAUGCUAGAUUAAGCAUUUAGGACCUGGCCUCAGCUCGUCAGAAGCUUGGUAGAAAGUUUCUGCUCGUUAGAGCAUCCCACUUUUCCUGCUGAGGUAAUAUUCCUACAUUUUAGGCUGUUUUUUUUCCUUCCAUCAAACGUUUGUUGCUUAUCAGUGCUUGCAAGUGCAUCACACAGAUUUAGAAAUAUUUAUGCUGUGUUUUUAGUUUUGUGCAGACUGUGUUGGUGAUUACUCUUCAGUUGGACAGUCUGUCUUGUAAAAUGCACAAGGGGAAAUUCUAAUAAAUGAUUUUUCAUAA